CCCCAAACGGCGUCCUUACGCGCGCGCAUGCGCCAGUGGCUGAGCCGCCAUCAUCUUCCGGAACCACGUCCUCUGCUCUUUGUGACUCCCAUGAGCUCAGCUCCGUCCUCGCCCGUUGCCAGGAUACGGGAAGUUGCUGUGGCGGCACGGCGGACUACAAGCCAAGUAGUCCGCGGAAGCAACCCAGCCAAAGGAAUCGAGCGUUGCCUUGUGGGGAUGAGCGCGGGCAACGCGUCAGCGGCAGAUAGAACUUCUGCUUGAGACUAGUGAGUUGCAAGCAUCAAAACCCCAAAAGCCUUAUGAAGCAACUGCGUGGGGAUAAAGAUGGGGGCCGUCCCAGAAAGAAGGGUUCCUCCUCUGGUAAGGAUGGUAGCACUCCAGCAGUACAGACUUCAGAUGACAGUGGGCAGAUCAACAUCCUAAAUCCAAGGCUAUUGGCUCAGAAGCGACCUCUGCAAGAUUUGAGCAGUAUGGGAGGCAGCACUGCGGGGAGUGUUGAGGAUGCCAAAAGACCAAAGCUCUUGCCUGAAGUGAAUUCUCCUGGCCAGGAAUCUGAGGACGAGGAGUCGGAUGACAGUGAUUAUGAGAGAGCGGAGAGUGAUAAUGAUGUCAGUGAUGAUACCAGCAGUGAAGAAGAAGAUGAUGAUGAUGAAGAAACUGGCAGUGAUGCCUCAGAAAGCAGCAAUGAAGGCCCUGAGGAAACAACAAACCAGCCUUCUUCAAGGCCUGAUUUAACAAAAGAAUGGUCUUCAAUGUCUUUUGAGGAGCUGCUGCAGUUGAGAAACCGGGUUGGGACCAAGGCUUAUCAGCAGAUGACUACUGGGAAAAGAGCAGCAAACGUCACAAGAACAGCGAAGAGGCAGUACCCAAACAAACAUGGGCCUCUGGAAAUUUCAGCGAAGAAGCCAGUCCCCUUUCUGAGACGAGUCGUGCCGGUUAAAAAGAAGUUACCUCGAGACCCACGCUUUGAUGACCUCUCUGGGGAGUAUAAGCCAGAAGUUUUUGAAAAGACCUAUGCUUUCUUGAAUGACAUCAGGAAGAAGGAGAAAGAGGUAGUUCAGAAGCAACUGAAGAAAAGUAAAAAUGUAGAACAACAGAGCAAGUUGCAGCAGCUCCUUAAGCAAAUGACACAGCAGGAGGAAGUACAGAGACGUCGCCAGAGGGAGAGAGAAAAGGACCUUGCCUUGAAGAGGCAGCAGAGGGAGCUGGCCCAGCAAGGAAAGAAGCCCUUCUAUCUAAAGAAGUCUGAAAAGCGGAAAUGGGAACUGGCUGAGAAGUACCAAGAGCUAAAGAAGAGUGGGAAGUUGGAGAGCUUCCUGAGCAAGAAGUGGAAAAGAAAUGCCGCUAAGGACAAAAGAAGGCUUCCUUUUAGUAAAGAUGUGUAAUACAUGCCAUUUUGCAGGUAGCUUUAUGAUAGGUGCAGAUCUGCUGCUGCAAGGCAGCACCCAACAGUCCCACAUUCCUCUGCCUUAUUGCCAGGAGCACUCCCAUCCACUGAACAAGAAAGCAUUUGAGCAAAAUUAAUUGGUGGCAUUCCUGGCCUCACAGAAGUCUUCAUCUUCUAAGAGCUAUCAUCCGUUGAGAAGGGGAACAAUUGUAUCAUUGGCCAGAUAUCUCCUCCUCCUUCCAGGGACCAGCCUCCCCAUGUGUGUGCACGUACACUCACUCUGCAUAUCCCAAGAAACAACCCCCUUGGAUCCCACCCCUAGUUUCUUUCACUAUGCCACCUGUGUCGACUUGGAGGCUCCUCUGUCUUCACCCACCAUUUUUCCCCCUGCUCCUACUUAUUAGUGCUGCCUGACUGUAUUCCCAGCUGUUUUCUUUGCACCUCACUGUGGAGACUUAAGAGAGUUUCCCAGUUACCCAUUUACCUUAGUUCCUUGCAUAAAUACUGCACAAGCCAGAAUCUUCCGUAAGGCAACAACACCUCCCUGUUUACAGCUUUCCAUAUGGGAGAACAACAAACAGCACAGUGAAUUCUGCUCUUUAGGAAAGCACAGUUCUCUUUUCCAGCCUGCUCAGACUCUGGCUAGGAGCAACUGGUUUCUUUUGCUAUGAAUGUCCAGGAUUCUAACAUUGGACUGGCCCAUGGGCAGCUUCCUAGAGAUUUUGUAUUAAGAAGCCAUGUGAAGUCUCCGUACUGGGUGAGAGUGAGUUUCAUUUUGACAGAGCUCUUCGGAUCACAUACUGGUGACAUGUUCUAUUGCAACAUUUCACUGAACAUAACUUGAAGUAAAGUUAAUAAUUUUAUAAAAGCAAGCUUCCUCUUUGAGGAGCAGACGCUCCUUACAUGAGAGCUCAUUCAUAGGGCAGUUUAUUUCAUUAGUGCACAGACAUUUUCUCAUAGGAUUUGUUCUCCCUCUCAGUAUGGCCUGAUGUUUUCAGCUGGUAGAUUACUACAUUCCAGAGAAGCAGAUCACUUUCUGGUUUUUAUCUCUUGUUCCAAAUAUUGUCAGUCCUUUAGCACUUGCCCUUCUCGUUCUGUGCUUCUGAUCCAACUACAGUUGCUUUGUAUCCUUGUCAAGUGCAAAAAAACCCCCAACCUUUUCUGGAUGGACAGGGCAAUUUUGCAGGGGCUUUACUGCGACAUAAGGAACAGACUUCUCCAUCUGGCCCUUUGCAUCUGUGUCUUUGUGCACUGUGCAAUUACUAUCUGAAGCUACCUUUAUAUAGAAUCAGACCAGCUUGUUUUCCAUACUCUGCUAAUCCAGGAGUGCAAGGAUGAAAGAGGUAUACCGAGUAUCAAACCUCACCCCCCUUCCCCACUAGAAAUCCUACUUCCAGCCCUCUGGUGUAGCAUAUAAGAGCAGCCCUGCUGGAUUAGAUGAAAGGUCUGUCGAGCGCAGCGUUCUGCUUGUUACACUAGCCAACUGGGAGCCCGCAAGCAGAGCAUGCAAGCAGCAGUUCUGUCCUGCUGUUGCUCUCCAGCAGUUGGCUGUUCAGUGGCAUAUUGUCUCCGAUUGUGGCUUCAGAGACUUCACCAGCCAUUGCACCCUCGCUCAUCACUCCAGUCUUCAUGUCUAGGAAGUUGCCUUUUUUUUUAAAUGGAAACUGGGAAUUAUUUAUUUUUAGCAAGAGGCUGAGUCCUGUACCCAGAAUCUAAGGUUAUACGUCCCCAGUCCUGUCACAGAAUUCCUAUAAACUGUUGCUCUGGGACUGAAGAGCUGAGAAGAAGCACACACUGGUCUCUGCCACUGACUUGGGAACCAAGGGCUAUUGGGAGGCUGCACCACCCCUCCCGUUUGCCCAAGGAGGAACAGCAUUGUAAGGAGAAGACCAGCCUGGCUUCAGCCACAGAGGAAGGGGGCAGUUUCAGGGAAUUUGCUUCUCCUGCCAGUAAGAAAAUUCUGCUCCAAAUUCUGCUAGUGGCCCUGGGAUUGCAAAGUAGAAUCGUGCUCUGGCCCCAUUAAUCAAAAAAUGGUGGCUGGGGUAUGUGAGUGUGUGUUUGGGGGCUGUUUUUUCAUUUGUUUAUUUUUUGUAUUCCUCUUUCAACAAAGCUUUUAAGCAGAGACCUCAUCCUAGUCUGCAUCUGUGCUGGAAUUGCUUUUUAAGAUGUUUUAAAGUUUUUUUUUUUAAAAGAUGUUUGAAAGAUUUUUGUUUUAAUAUGUUUUAAAGUGCUUUUAGUGUUUUUGUUUGAUGCCCUGGGCUCCCUCUGGGAGGAAGGGUGGAAUAUAAAUUUAAUAAAUGAAUAAAUAAAUAUUAUUUAUUAUAACCUA